AUGCCCCUCUGGCUACCACCACUGCUGCUGCUCCUGCUGCUGCCCGCGCCGAGCGACGGUCUUGGCCACUCUGCUGAACUAGCAUUUGCUCUGGAGCCAAGUGAUGAUGUUGCAGUCCCUGGGCAACCUGUAGUGCUGGGCUGUGAGGUAGAGGGGACCCCUCCGGUGCGAAUCACCUGGAGGAAGAAUGGGGUGGAGUUGCCAGAGAGCACCCACUCCACUCUGCUGGCCAAUGGGUCCUUGAUGAUCAGUCACUUCCGGCUGGAUCGAGGAGGCAGCCCUUCCGAUGAGGGAGACUACGAGUGUGUGGCUCAGAACCGCUUUGGGCUGGUGAUCAGCCGCAAGGCUCGCAUCCAGGCUGCAACCAUGUCGGACUUCCACGUGCACCCUCAGGCCACUGUGGGAGAGGAGGGUGGUGUGGCCCGAUUCCAGUGCCAAAUCCAUGGGCUUCCCAAACCCUUGAUCACAUGGGAGAAGAACCGCGUCCCAAUUGACACGGACAAUGAGCGGUACACCUUGCUGCCCAAAGGGGUCCUGCAGAUCACAGGGCUUCGGGCUGAGGACAGCGGCAUCUUCCACUGCGUGGCCUCCAACAUCGCCAGCGUCCGGGUCAGCCACGGUGCCAGGCUCACCGUGUCAGGCUCGGGCUCUGGGGCCUACAAGGAGCCCACCAUCCUCGUGGGGCCUGAGAACCUCACCCUGACGGUGCACCAGACCGCUGUGCUCGAGUGUGUCGCCACGGGCAACCCUCGCCCCAUUGUGUCCUGGAGCCGCCUGGAUGGCCGUCCCAUCGGGGUGGAGGGCAUCCAGGUACUGGGCACAGGGAACCUCAUCAUCUCGGACGUGACCGUCCAGCACUCGGGCGUUUAUGUUUGUGCAGCCAACCGGCCUGGAACCCGAGUGAGAAGGACGGCACAAGGCCGCCUGGUGGUGCAAGCCCCAGCAGAGUUCGUUCAGCACCCCCAGUCCAUCUCCAGGCCAGCUGGGACCACAGCCAUGUUCACCUGCCAGGCUCAGGGGGAGCCGCCCCCUCAUGUCACGUGGUUGAAGAAUGGGCAGGUGCUGGGGCCAGGAGGCCACGUCAGGCUCAAGAACAACAACAGCACACUGACCAUUUCUGGGAUUGGGCCCGAGGAUGAGGCCAUCUACCAGUGUGUGGCUGAGAACAGUGCGGGCUCCUCGCAGGCCAGUGCCAGGCUGACUGUGCUGUGGGCCGAGGGGCUGCCUGGGCCCCCCCGCAAUGUGCGGGCAGUCUCCGUGUCAUCCACAGAGGUCCGCGUGUCCUGGAGUGAGCCCCUGGUCAAUACCAAGGAGAUCAUCGGCUAUGUCCUGCACAUCAGGAAGGCAGCUGACCCACCAGAGUUAGAGUAUCAGGAAGCGGUCAGCAAGAGCACCUUCCAGCACCUGGUGAGCGACCUGGAGCCAUCCACGGCUUACAGCUUCUACAUCAAAGCCUACACGCCAAGGGGGGCCAGCUCAGCCUCCAUCCCCACCCUGGCCAGCACCCUGGGUGAAGCCCCUGCCCCACCCCCAUUGUCAGUGAGAGUCCUGGGCACCUCCUCGCUGCAGCUGCUCUGGGAGCCUUGGCCCCGACUGGCUCAACAUGAGGGAGGCUUCAAGCUGUUUUACCGGCCAGCGAGCAAGGCCUCCUUCACAGGCCCCAUCCUGCUGCCUGGAACGGUGUCCUCCUACAACCUCAGCCAGCUUGAUCCCACUGUGGUCUACGAAGUCAAGCUGCUCGCCUAUAACCAGCACGGCGAUGGCAACGCCACAGUCCGCUUCGUGUCUUUGAGGGGAGCAUCUGAGAGAACAGCCCUGAGCCCACCGUGUGACUGCCGGAAGGAGGAGGCCACCAAUCAGACGUCCACCACGGGCAUCAUCAUUGGUAUUCACAUCGGGGUCACCUGCAUCAUCUUCUGUGUUCUCUUCCUCUUAUUCGGCCAAAGGGGCAGGGUCCUCUUGUGUAAGGACGUAGAAAACCGGCUGUCCCCACCUCAGGGUCCUCGGAGCCACAGAGAUCCUGGCAUCCUGGCUCUGAACAGGGUCACGCAGGGAGAGCGGGGCCAGCGGGGCCGGGAUGAGAACGUAAAGGAGCUGGAGCAGCUGUUCCCUGCAGCUCGGGGGGCUAGGCAGCCAGACCCCAGACCCACGGAUCCUGUGGGCCCUGCCCCCUGUGAGGAGACUCAGUUCUCCAAGCUGCCUCUGCAGGAGCUCAACCACCUGGAGGAGACAGUGCUGGAGGCUGGAGCCCCCUGUGCAGGUCCUAUGGCUGCCACAUCGCCCCAGGAUGCAGGCCCCGGACCCCUCGGUGAAAGAUAG